AAACAAUAGCUAUUAAAAGUAGUAUUUAACCAUGUACAAGGUCGAAAUCCUAGGAGAUACUCUGCAUAAUGCAGCCAUUCAGCGUAGACAGAGACUGGAUGAGGAGCGCAAGCAACGCAUUUUUAACCCAAAAGUCCGUAUUCUAGGUAUUGACCUCCAAGCUUUGGAUGAGCAGAUUCAGAUCAAAAACGAACUCAAGGAAAUUGAUAAGCAGCGCAACGACGCUCUAGACAAAUCUUCCAAACUCAAUAAUGAUAUUUUGCAACUCAUGGACGAGCAGGUUCAAAAAGCUCGUCGUCAUUGCUUACAACAAACCAAUCAGUACCGUCGCGAUCAUCAGCAACCACACCAACGUCGUGAUUAUGACCUCUAUGAUCCCAAAGCACUCCAAAAAGAUGUUUCUACACGCGUUACCAACGGGCAAUCCAAAGACCAUCCCAUAGGAAUUAGUAGUCUUCAACGAUUCGAGGGUGAAGAUCUUGCAGCAGAGAAACGAACUAUGCUGCAAAAGGAUCAGAUGCGUGUUUGGGCCAACGAACAAGUGUUUGAAAAAGAACGUAGACGACAGGAAGAGUUGGAUGAGAAAAAAAGAUAUGAGGAGUUUCAAAAAAGUAUUGGUGAUAAAAUGGCUGCUUUGCAGAGUUCUGUCGAACAGGCUCAGCGCGAACAGGCUCGACUUGAUAGCGAAUACAAUCAGUCUUUAGCCGCAGAGAAACGAUUGCGUGAACAGCAACAAAAGGAAUACGACAACAAUCUCAAUACUUACGAGAUUGUCAGUCAUAUUAAUAGUACUUUUUUAACUGAAGCUUCAGGUACGUCAGCCAGCAGACAAUCUUCAAAAAUGCGAGCGGACCUGUUCAAGGGAAUCACUACUGAGCAACGAAAAGAAAUUCUAGAUACCCAAGAACGCCAGCGAAUGGAACAACAGAAACGAUUGGAUGAAAAAAUCAAAGAGGAGGAGCGCUGGGCCAUACAAGAAACUAUGAACAAUCGAGCACUAAAUCUUCUUGAGCGCGAGCGUGUCCGUAACUCUCGUGAAAAAGCCAUCCAGAUUCGCCGAGAAAAUGAAGCCAAAGCAAUUGAGGAUAAAAAACGAAGGACUUAUAUCGACAAGGUGUUAUACACUAAUGCUCCUCAAGACGCAUACUUUAUGCAAUUUAAUACUACAAGUCGUUGAGUGAUGAACUGUUUCAUUGUUGUGAAUUGUUGGUGCGAUCGUAUAUGUUUUUGGAUUUAAUUCCAAGUCAGGCUCCAUAAUACUAGAGUUUUUUGAAAUGCGAAAUAGAGUCUAGUCAAGCUUGUCCCUAAAAAACUAUUUUUGAUGGUUUUACGUUUUGAAUAAACAACUCCAGUCCUAGGGUUUGAUAU